AUGCCAAAAACAUUUUUGAAGCCGCCUAAAAUAUCUAAUUUAUCGUCUAUCGUAGAAGAAUCUCCUAUCUGGAUUAAGAACGAAGAUGAUGAAAAAAAAAUUAAACCUCCAUUAAGUCCUACUCCACGUCAUACUCCACGUCAUACUCCACGUCAUACUCCACGUCGUACUCCAUGUAGACGUCGCCGCACUCCAUGUCGGGCCGUCGGUCCUCCUGUAAACUUAAGCCGGUGGACGAGGGAGGAAGACCACGCGCUAUUUACUUCAAUACAGAAGAAUGGUGGGAAAUGGACCGCAAUUAGUCGUGAGAUUGGUACUGGGAGAAACCCGCAACAAUGUUCCCGACGUUGGGAUACUAUUGUUCGAUGUUCGCUAAGGAGAGUCGCACUUUAUUAA